AUGGAUGAUAAAAAAAAGCUAGAUGAUGAAUUAGAGUCCAGCAAGUAUGACAUUGAUGAAGAAGAUCUCCUCGAUGAUGAAGGGAGAUUAAAUGAAGAAGAAAGGCAAGCAGAAUUAGAAGGAUCCGAUUUAUUUGAAGAAGAUGAUGGGUUUGUUUUUGGAGAAGAAGAUGAAAAAAAAGAAAUUCAAAAACUUCGAAACCUUGGAUUAGAUAAUGAUGAAUAUGAUGAGGAUUUUAUUGAUGAUGAAGUAGAUUAUGAAGAUAAUUUAAAAGCAAGAAGAGCUGCUGAAAGGAAUAUACAAUUGCAAAGAAAACAAGAAGGACGAUAUCAAAAAAAUAAAUUUUGGAAAGCUCUAGAAAAUCAUUUAGGAGAUGAUGAAGAAGAAGAUAUUUUCGAUAAAGUUGCUGAAAAGGUUGCGAAACGAAGAGAAAAUCUUCAUUUAUCAUCAGAUGAAACAGAUAUACCAGACUUAUCAAAUUUAGAAAGUGCAAAAAUAUGUUUAUCAGUUAAUCCAAAAGAUGUUAUAUUUGAUGAAAGAUAUCAGCAAGCUGCAGAUACAUGCUUUCGUUAUUUUUUACAUCGAUUUUCAUUAAAAGAUUCAAUGGGUUUAAAUGCUGGGCAAUCACCACAUUUAGAAGAUAAUGAAACUGAAAAUAUGAAUGAUUUGAAUCAAUACUAUAUUGGAAAAAUUGAGAAAAUGAUAUUAAAUGAUAAACAUACAUUAAUUGUAUCAGCAAAACAUUUAAUUCAAUUUCAUUGUGAAAAUUUGGUUCAAUGGAUCGAAUUUAAACCUGAACAAAUUUUAGAGGUUUUACAUGAAUGUUUAAUGGUUGAAGCUUAUAGAAUAUCUCCUAAAUUAUAUAAAGGAAGGAUAUGUAAAGUUGUAUUAAAGGAUUGGCCUUAUUCGACACAAUUAAGAAAUUUAAGAUGUACCGAAUUAAAUACAUUAAUUAAAGUAACAGGAGUGUGUAUUAAAAGAGGGUAUGUGUUACCAAAGUUAAGAGUCAUGUAUUUAAAAUGUAAUUCUUGUGAUACUACUUUAUCAGAAGUACCUAUAUAUUUUUCAGAUGGAAAAAAACCUGUAUUGCCUCGAAGAUGCCCACAUUGUCAAUCUGCUACAUUUUCUGUUGAUAGAAUUAAAACUGCAUAUACUGAUUAUCAAAAAAUUACUUUACAAGAAUCUCCAAACUCUGUACCAGCUGGUAGAGCACCUAGACAAAGAGAAGUUGUAGUUACUGGUGAUUUAGUAGAUAAAGUUAAACCAGGUGAAGAAGUUGAAGUUUUAGGUAUAUAUAAAACAAAAUAUGAUAUUGGAUUAAAUAUCAAAUAUGGGUUUCCAAUAUUACAAACAGAAAUUGAAGCUAAUAAUAUUGAAAGAAAAGAAGAUAUACAAUUAAGCGAGUUAACCGACGAUGAUAUUAAAGAUAUUAUUAAAUUAUCAAAAGAUCCAAACAUAAGAGAAAGAAUUAUUACAUCUAUUGCACCCGCUAUUUGGGGACAUAAAGAUAUUAAAACAUCUAUUGCAUAUGCAUUAUUUGGGGGGGUUCAAAAAGGAGGCGAUAAAAAUAAUGCAAAAAGUAAUGAAUCUAGUAAUUUUGGUAUACAAAAUAAAGAUAUAUUAAAUAAUUUUAAAGGAGGGCAUACUAUAAGAGGUGAUAUUAAUGUAUUAUUGUUAGGAGAUCCUGGUUUAGGAAAAUCUCAAGUAUUACAAUAUAUACAUAAAACAAAUUUAAGAACAAUUUAUACAACAGGUAAAGGUGCUUCUGCUGUUGGUUUAACUGCAGGUGUAAGAAAAGAUCAUACAACUAAUGAAUGGACAUUAGAAGGAGGAGCAUUAGUUUUAGCAGAUGAAGGAAUAUGUAUUAUUGACGAAUUUGAUAAAAUGACAGAUAAAGAUAGAGUUAGUAUACAUGAAGCAAUGGAACAGCAAUCUAUUUCUAUUUCUAAAGCAGGUAUUGUUACAACAUUAAGAGCUAGAUGCGCAGUUAUUGCAGCUGCAAAUCCUAUCUAUGGUCGAUAUGAUCCUACACUAACUUUUAAAGAAAAUGUCGAUUUAUCCGACCCAAUUUUAAGUAGAUUUGAUUUAAUUACUGUUUUAAGAGAUAUACCUAAUGUUGAUGAAGAUUUUUAUUUAGCUGAAUAUGUUGUUACUAAUCAUCAACUAAAUCACCCAAAAAUUGAAAAUACUCAAAAUUAUCAAAAAAGAAUAGAAAAUUUAAAAAAUGUAAUUGUUUCUUCUUCUGCAUAUGAACCUAUACCACAAGAUUUAUUACAAAAAUACAUUAUUUAUGCUCGAACUAAUUGUAAACCUAGCUUAUCAGAUGUCCCAUAUGCAGAAAUUAGUGCAAAGUUAUCAAAUUUUUACAGUAGAGUAAGACAAAAAGCUAGCGCAUCUGGUGGUUAUCCAUUAACAUUAAGACAUAUCGAAAGUGUUAUCAGAAUUGCUGAAGCAAAUGCUAAAAUGAGAUUGUCUCAACAAAUUGUUUCAAAAGAUGUGGAUUAUGCUAUUGCAACUUUAUUAGAAUCAUAUGUUUCAUGCCAAAGAUUUGCAGUAGCAAAGCAAUUGAGCAAAGAAUUUGCUAGGUAUAGAGCAUUGUUUAGAGGUGGUCAUGAAGUUUUAUGUGAACUCGUUAGAAGAGCUAUGCAACAAACUAUUCAAAGAGAAAAUUUGAAAAAUGCAUCUGCCAGAGAUUUUCAAAAUGAUACAGAAUCGGGUACAGAAAAUGAAACAGAAUUUCUGAACCCUAAUAAUGUAUUUUUACCACUUAAUAUUUUUAUGAAAACAGCUAUGCAAAAUAAGUUCUCUGAAUAUCAGAUUGUCAAUUGGAUGAAAUCGAAAGUUUUUAACGAGCACUAUUCGGUUAUAAAAAGAGACAAUGUUGAGGGAAUAAUAAGUAAAAAGUUUAAAGUUUAA